GGUAGCACGUGCUCCCCUGUCUCGUCGCGUCCUCGUCGCUACCCACUCAACCCACCUACUCUACUUUACUCUCUCCACCCGACCAAUCACCACACAUACAAAAUGGACUCCAAAGAAUUCCGCAAAAUCGAGCUCCAAUCACCGGAGGACCUGCGGUACCUCCUCUCACAGAUCACCGAAGUAGCGCGCAGCAACAUCGACCAGCACCUACCAUCUGGCGCCGUAUCCGCCACGGACCCGCUGCGCCAGCGUGUCGAGGAGGAAGUUCUUCAGUUCAUAACGCGCACCUUCACCCUGGCGCAGCCGUCGAUCAGCGUGAACGGCCUUCCCUCGCUCUCGCCGUCGGCCUACACGGCCGCCGAGCCCGUCGACGAGUACGAGGCAUUCGAUGGGCGGCUGCACACGCGGGUGGCCGAGCUGACGGCGCAGGUGGAGCAGCGCACGCUGCAGAACGCGAAUUUCCGCCGCGUGGUACCGAAGGCUGUCGUCGGCGCGUAUGAGCACGCUAUUGAUGGCGAGGAACGUAGUGCCGCCAGGUUGAGGAGGGGGUGGGAGGCGAAGCUGGCGGAGGUGGAGGGUGCGGGUGGGGAUGGGGAGGGUGCGGGGUUGGUGAGGGACGUGGAUAGGAGGGAGGAGGUUGAGAGCACGAGGAGGAGGGCGACGGAGGCGCUGCAGAGGCUUAAGGGCACGGUGCCGGAGGUAGGGGGGAGGCUUGAGAAGGCGGUUUUGGCGGCCGACUAUGUCAUUGAGAAGAGGGAGAGGGAGGAGCAAGCGGCGAGGGAAAGGAGGGAGAAGAUGCCGGUGGAGGAGUAGGCGGGGUGUGGGGGUUUCUUUGGUCGGCGUUCGGUUGUUUUUUUUUUGCUGUCUUUACGAUACGGUCUCCAGUCACUUGGGUUGUAUUUCACGCGCAACGACGUUCAUCUGCGAUCACUCAUCACUCAUCCAUUAGCCAUCUGUUUCUCUGUUUCUCUGCUCAUCUUUUUGUCUGUUUAUCUACUCCUCCUUUCCCAACCCC